AUGUCCCCUGCCGGCGAGACUGGCACUUUGUCUACCCCUCCACGCGCCAAUGCAUCAGCUCCAGGUGCUGGUAAAAUAGAAUCCACCCCAAACAGCCGCGGGGCCUCCGUCAUCAGCGAGAACAUCGGCGUGCUUGGUGUCAAGAAGGUCGGCCCAUGGAUUCAACGGGAUAUAGAGCAGGUCAAGGAGUGCAAGGCAGAUGCCAUGCUGCAAGCCCUCCUUCAGCGCGCUUCUUCUGCUCCCAAGACUAAACAGCCCGAGCUUCUGCAAAAGUGUCUCAAGGCUGUUCUGCCUGUUUGCAAUGGACAGACUUCUACUGCCCUCGUAAAGUCUUCUGACAUCCAGACAGCCCUCAACGAAUACGUAUGUCCAGGGGUAGAGAACCACUUCUAUAGCCCUUUCAUAAGAGCCACUAACAUUGCCCUCGCUUGUCUCGAAGAGAUCGAGGUCGAUGGGAUGCGUGCUCCUGUCCCUGCCGUGGACAUGAUCUGCCAGCAGAACGAUAUGCCCAUGCACCAGAUGCACCAGACCAAGAAAUCAAUUCGGAAGCCCGACGUCCAAGAAGGUAAACAGACUGGUAAACAGAAGAGUAAACAGAAGGACAGGCAGAAGAACGACGAAAAGGACAACGAGAAAAACAACGAGAAGGACGACGGAAAGCACAACGAGAAUGAUGACGGGCAGCACCAGACGAGGCGCAAGGCUCAUAUGGACAUGAAUGCAACGGCAAAGCCGCAAAAUCUCCCAUGGAAAGAUGUUCUAGCUUGCAUCGAGUUCAAGAGAAAGACGAAAGGGAUUAAGGCGCCCCCCUCUUCGUAUACAUUGACAGACUAUGCCCCUACCAAGCCAGAAUAUCUGCCGGUCGAUCAUCUUAGGACUGCAGACCCAGCUCCAGCCCCUCCUCAGACCCCAGCAACACAAACUGCAUCCGACACUGCAUUCGCAGCUCAGUCUUCUGGCCUUACUGCCGCCCAGCCUUCGCGGGGCGGGUCCAGCUCCAAACGCAAGGCCACAGACACUUUGGAAUCUGCUGCGAAAAAAUCCAAGGGGAACCACGACGACAAAGACGCUGACGCGGACGCUGCCGUGGACGCGGAUGCGGACGCGGAUCUAGAUGUGACCGUUCAGACGGGUCUGUACGCCGCCGAAAUAUUCGCAGCGAAUCUUGCAGCCAACUAUCUGCUGAAUAUUAUUGUCGUCGAUGAUGUCGCGUGGAUCUGGUAUUAUGAUCGACAAGGGAUCAUUCAAUGUUCAGGCAUCAACUUCAUUCAAGAUCUUCCGCGAUUUAUGGUGCUGUUAAUCAAUGAUGAAAAACUUGGAGAGGUGGAUCUGCUGCUUCACACCAGCCACGACGAAAGAGGACGGGCGACCAAUGUGGUCCCUGUCACCAGCGAAGCGCUCACGAAGAAAUACGGCAAGUUCGAGGAUGGGAUGGUGGCCAAGAUCUUUUGGGGAGAGGCGAGUCGCACUAGCGAGCCGGAGAUUCUGAAAAAGGUUGAGGAGAUCGCUAAGAGGCACGCAACUGUCCAAGGCCACAUUCCUGAGCUGCUUUGGCACCACACGUUCACAAAUCCCACGUCCGCAAUACGAGAAGCGCUUGACAUUCCGGAACCCACCACGGGCAGUCGCGUGCUCUACAUUCUUGUAUUCCGCAAGCUCCUCCCCAUCACCCAGCUUCACGGCAAAGAGCUUUUUGACGUCUGGCGUCAGUGUAUUUCAUGCCACCUCACUCUGUGGAAGGAAGGGGUAUACCAUCGAGAUGUCAGUCCUGGAAACCUGAUGUGGUACUGGAAAGACGGCAAGCGGAUAGGCGUUUUGAACGACUAUGAUCUAUCCUCGUUGGCGGAUGACCCAGGUCCUAGGGGCAACGAGCGUACGGGCACGGUGCCGUUCAUGGCACUCGAUCUUCUCACCAAAGAUGGUCAACAAGGCAAAGUCAAACACCUAUAUCGCCACGAUCUAGAAUCAUUUAUGCAGGGAGUGCCACUACGGAGAUUGCGCCCUCUCGACGAGUGGGCGACUUUAGACGUUAUUGCAUGUGGCGAGAAGAAGUUAGUCUUCCUCAACAACCUGACCCCUUCUGCGCCCUCAGACAUAGACAAACUCACAUGGAAUAUCCUUGUGAACUGUAUGUUGGUGCUUAAAAGAGAGGCCGACAACAGAUACUAUCUUCGCUUUACAUCGAGCUCAGGACAAAACCAGCAGCCCAGUGACUCGGAUCUCGAUGCUUUUCUAUCCAAAUUUACCAGUCUAGGUGAUUGGGUUGAGCUCAGCAAGCCUGAGUAA